UUAUGCUAUUGAAAAAACUAAAAAUUCAUAAAUUAACCCGAAACAGUUAGAUUUUUUCGGAUUUUUUAGAGUCAAUAACACUACUGUGCUAUUUUAUUUUGAUUCCUAAACUAACUAGUUUCAGUUGGAUUCAAAUAUAAUAAGAAGAAUGAAAACCGACAAAAUUAAAAUUGAAUCUUCUGAAGAAUUAAAAAUCCCUUAUGUUCGUUUGGAGCGUUGCAGUUUAGAAGAAAUUAAUGGCUACAGACUGAAACCAGAAAAAAAUGCUUACUAUUUGAUGGAAUCUAGAUCGGAAGAAUCUAAUGGAGAAGAAAGUGGCAAUAAUAUGGUAUCACUGAACUUAGUGACUUUAAUAGGUGAUUGUGAAAGAUUGUACCGUUCCUAUGUCUUACUUGAACGGUUAUCUCCACACGAUAUUCAAAAUUUAUCGAAUAAAAAGGAUUAACUAUUCAUAUUCUUUCAAUGGGACUUGAAAAUGAUGACAAAUCUUUGUGUGGGAUGGAUUUUAGUUCGGAACAAAAUUCAAUUGAAGGACAAAUAUAUUCACAUGUUAGGCAAUACUCUCAUCAGUGUAUCAGUUAAGACUAAUUGAAAUUUAUUUUUUUUGUUAAUUAAAUUUAUUUCUUAUAACAUUUAAUAUAUCUAUGUAAUAUGAGUGUUUUUCAUUUUAUUUUUUGAUUUUAUUAUGUUACUAAAUUUUUAUAUUUUGGAUUAAUUCCUUUAUUCUUUUUUUUUUGUGAAUGUAGUAUAUAACUGCUGGAGUUUAUCCCGGUUCAAAUUAAUAAUUAUUAUAAUAUAUUAUGUGUAUGUGUUUUCUAACAUCGACGGACAACAAUUUGAAGCCUUACGGUUGAUUGUAUUCUAAUUUAUAUAGAACCAAUAAAAAUAAUGUAAAACUAGUUUAAAAUCUUAAAUUUUUUAAUGUAUCUGAUUAAUUAUUUGAAUAUUAGUAUUUACUUUUUUUUCAUAAUAUUAUAAAUAUGUACCUAAUAAGUAUAUUCAUACAUUUGAAAAUUAGAUUUUUUUGUUGAUAUAUCACUAAUAAUAUGCAGCUAAUAAAAGUUUUUUUUUUUGUAUCCAAUAAACUUAUAUUAAACCAUCAACCAAUUAUUAUUCUAAUAUUUUAAAUCAAAUGACCAAGUGUGAAUAUCUGAUAUUAACCAAAAUUGAUUCUUAUAUAUUACAUAAAAAUAAUCUGUUUUAAUGCAAGGAAAAUUUUAUUGAUAGAUAUAAAUAUUUUAAGAAUUAAAAUUUAUUAAAAAUGUAUAAUAUACAUUUUUAAAUAAAGACAAACAAUCAAUUUCAUAGUUUUCAAAAUAGAUUGUCGGUUUAAAAAAAUAGUGGGAGUUCAAAAUAUCAGAUUAUUUAUGGAAAUACUUCAAUACUUGAUAAAAUUAAUAAUUAAUUAAUUAAUAAAAAAAAGUUAAAUUAUUUGUGUUGAUUUGUAUUGUCUAAUCAUUAACUAUAUAGUUAUUAGCUUGUAUUAAAUCAACAUAAUAUUACAUUUUAAUAAGACAUCUAUUUUUGGAUGAAUUAUUAUUAAUUAUGUUUAUUAAUUGAUGAUUAAGCUAAGUGAGGUAGCCUUAGCUGUAGAAGAAUUACUAAUCAUAAUUUUGUUGUUUAUCAUUACUUCAAUUUAAUUAUAGAUUCAUACUGUAUUGAAUAUAUUUACAGAUCUGAUAUACCGAUCUAAAAGUUACUAAAAGGGGCAAUUUUGAUUGAAAUUCCCCAGUUGUAAUGUUAAUAAAUAAUCACUACCUGUAUAAUAUAUUAAUCAUUAAAUUGUAUGAUUAAAAAAUGAAAAUAUACAUAAGUAGAUAUCUGAUAUUAUGUAAAAUUUAUUAUUUAUUUUAUAACUAUUAUCAAGAUUUUUAUCUAAUUACUGCUUUGGCAAACCAUAUAUGUAAUUAUUACAUUUAAAAGAUAAUUAAAGUUUUUUUAAACCAAUAGUUUUAAUUGGUUUUCUAGAUUAAUGCCACUACUUACUAAGUAGUACUUAGAUUAGGUAUUAUAUAUUAUAAUAUUGAAUUGUUAUAAAUUGUAGUAUAGCUAUUAGAAUAUUCUUAUACCUAUGGAUAUUAAUUAUUAUAAUUAUUAUAUGAAAUUGAAUAUC